ACUUAAUUACGCUCCUCCCUCCUUUCUCUUCCCAGUGCCUUUCUCUAAUGGUGGGGUUUCUUCUGGGCUCCAGUAUUGGCCAACUCUGCAUGUUGCCUUGCACUUUGCAUUUAGAUCUGGUGGUUCUCCGGAGAGCAGCUUCCUCGGGUGUUACAUGAGCCAAGCCCUCACUGUACAGAUGAGUGAGAGCUGAAACCUGUUCCCUGAGCUGAUCAGAAGGACAUCCCUUGGCCCCUCCAUCUGGGCCCCUGUGGAUAGGAGGGGCUGGGCGAGCAGGCCAGCUGGGCUAUGGUGUGGUGCCUCGGCCUGGCCGUCCUCAGCCUGGUUAUCAGCCAGGGGGCUGACGGUCGAGGGAAGCCUGAGGUGGUAUCGGUGGUGGGCCGGGCUGGGGAGAGUGUGGUGCUGGGCUGUGACCUGCUGCCCCCGGCCGGCCGACCCCCGCUGCAUGUCAUCGAGUGGCUGCGCUUUGGAUUCCUGCUUCCCAUCUUCAUCCAGUUCGGCCUCUACUCUCCCCGAAUUGACCCUGAUUACGUGGGACGAGUCCGGCUGCAGAAGGGGGCCUCUCUCCAGAUCGAGGGUCUCCGGGUGGAAGACCAGGGCUGGUACGAGUGCCGCGUGUUCUUCCUGGACCAGCACAUCCCUGAAGACGAUUUUGCUAACGGCUCCUGGGUGCAUCUGACAGUCAAUUCGCCCCCUCAAUUCCAGGAGACACCUCCUGCUGUGUUGGAAGUGCAGGAACUGGAGCCUGUGACCCUGCGUUGUGUGGCCCGUGGGAGCCCCCUGCCUCGUGUGACGUGGAAGCUCCAAGGAAAGGACCUUGGCCAGGGCCAGGGCCAGGUGCAAGUGCAGAACGGGACACUGCGGAUCCGCCGGGUAGAGCGAGGCAGCUCUGGGGUCUACACCUGCCAAGCCUCCAGCACUGAGGGCAGCGCCACUCACGCCACCCAGCUGCUAGUGCUAGGACCCCCAGUCAUCGUGGUGCCCCCCAAGAACUGCACAGUCAAUGCUUCCCAGGAUGUUUCCUUGGCCUGCCACGCUGAGGCAUACCCUGCUAAUCUCACCUACAGCUGGUUCCAGGACAACACCAAUGUCUUCCACAUUAGCCACCUGCGGUCCCGGGUGCGGAUUCUGGUGGACGGGAGCCUGCGGCUGCAGGCCACCCAGCCUGAUGAUGCCGGCUGCUACACCUGUGUGCCCAGCAAUGGCCUCCUGCAUCCACCCUCAGCCUCUGCCUACCUCACUGUGCUCUACCCAGCCCAGGUGACAGCUAUGCCUCCUGAGACGCCCCUGCCCAUAGGCAUGCCGGGGGUGAUCCGCUGCCCGGUUCGUGCCAACCCCCCACUGCUCUUUGUCAGCUGGACCAAGGAUGGAAAGGCCCUGCAGCUGGACAAGUUCCCUGGCUGGUCCCAGGGCACAGAAGGCUCAUUGAUCAUCGCCCUGGGGAACGAGGAUGCCCUGGGAGAAUACUCCUGCACCCCCUACAACAGUCUUGGUACCGCCGGGCCCUCCCCUGUGACCCGCGUGCUGCUCAAGGCUCCCCCAGCUUUUAUAGAGCAGCCCAAGGAAGAAUAUUUCCAAGAAGUAGGGCGGGAGCUGCUCAUCCCCUGCUCUGCCCAAGGGGACCCUCCUCCUGUUGUCUCUUGGGCCAAGGUAAGGCUCCUGAGCCCGCUCUGCCUGUACCUGUGCCCACUUCACCCCUGCCUCUUGUGCCCCAGCCAUUCUGUGGGAGGGAGGGUGUGGGAAGGAGAGGGCUGUCAGAGGCAGGGUGGGGAGGAACUGGAGCUGCCUGGAGAGAUGAGGGGCGCCCUUGGUGAGGGGUGGCUGCGUGUGUCCUCAGGGCUCACCAGUGGUUCUGUAGGUGGGCCGGGGGCUGCAAGGCCAGGCCCAGGUGGACAGCAACAGCAGUCUCAUCCUGCGACCAUUGACCAAGGAGGCCCACGGGCGCUGGGAAUGCAGUGCCAGCAAUGCUGUGGCCCGCGUGGCUGCCUCCACCAACGUCUACGUGCUGGGGCCAAGCGUCCUGACCGAAUGCACCAUGACUGGGUGUCCUUGGCAGUGCCUGUGGGGGCUGCUCACCUCCUAGUGCCAGGGCUGCAGCCCCACACCCAGUACCAGUUCAGCGUGCUGGCUCAGAACAAGCUGGGCAGUGGUCCCUUCAGCGAAAUUGUCUUGUCUGCUCCUGAAGGGCUUCCUACCACGCCAGCUGCACCUAGGCUUCCCCCAACAGAGAUAUCCCCUCCCCUGUCCCCUCCACGGGGUCUGGUGGCAGUGAGGACACCCCGGGGGGUACUCCUACAUUGGGAUCCCCCAGAGCUGGUCCCUAAGAGACUGGAUGGCUACGUCUUGGAAGGACGGCAAGGCUCCCAGGGCUGGGAGGUGCUGGACCCAGCUGUGGCAGGCACAGAAACAGAGCUGCUGGUGCCAGGCCUCAUCAAGGAUGUUCUCUAUGAGUUCCGCCUCGUGGCCUUCGCAGGCAGCUACGUCAGCGACCCCAGCAACACGGCCAACGUCUCCACUUCCGGUCUGGAGGUCUACCCUUCGCGCACGCAGCUGCCGGGUCUCCUGCCCCAGCCUGUGCUGGCCGGCGUGGUGGGCGGGGUCUGCUUUCUAGGCGUGGCCAUCCUCGUGAGCAUCCUGGCCGCCUGCCUCAUGAACCGGCGCAGGGCUACCCGCCGCCGCCGCAAGCGCCUCCGCCAAGAUCCACCUCUUAUCUUCUCUCCGACCGGGACGUCAGCUGCACCCUCUGCUCUGGGCUCAGGCAGUCCUGACAGCGUGGCGAAGCUGAAGCUCCAGGGUUCCCCAGUUCCCAGCCUGCGCCAGAGUCUGCUCUGGGGGAAUCUUGCCGGAACUCCCAGCCCCCACCCAGAUCCUCCGCCUAGCCGGGGACCCUUACCCCUGGAGCCCAUUUGCCGGGGCCCAGAUGGGCGCUUUGUGAUGGGGCCCACUGUGGUGGCCCCCCAGGAAAGGUCAGGCCCGGAGCAGGCAGAACCUCGGACUCCAGCCCAGUGUCUCGCCCGGUCCUUUGACUGUAGCAGCAGCAGCCCCAGUGGGGCACCCCAGCCCCUCUGCAUUGAAGACAUCAGCCCUGUGGCGCCCCCUCCAGCAGCUCCACCCAGUCCCUUGCCAGGUCCCGGACCCCUACUCCAGUACCUGAGUCUGCCCUUCUUCCGAGAGAUGAAUGUGGAUGGGGACUGGCCCCCUCUUGAGGAGCCCAGCCCUGCUGCACCCCCAGAUUACAUGGAUACCCCGCGCUGCCCCACCUCAUCUUUCCUUCGUCCUCCAGACACCCCUCCUGUGUCCCCCAGGGAAUCACUUCCUGGGGCUGUGGCCACUGCAGAACCCCCUUACACAGCCCUGGCUGACUGGACACUGAGGGAGCGGCUGCUGCCAGGCCUUCUCCCUGCUGCCCCUCGAGGCAGCCUCACCAGCCAGAGCAGCGGGCGAGGCAGCGCUUCGUUCCUGCGGCCCCCCUCCACAGCCCCCUCUGCUGGAGGCAGCUACCUCAGCCCUGCUCCAGGAGACACCAGCAGCUGGGCCAGUGGCCCUGAGAGAUGGCCCCGAAGGGAGCAUGUGGUGACAGUCAGCAAGAGGAGGAAUACUUCUGUGGACGAGAACUAUGAGUGGGACUCAGAAUUCCCUGGGGACGUGGAAUUGCUGGAGACAUUGCACCUGGGCUUGGCCAGCUCCCGGCUCAGACCUGAAGCUGAGCCGGAGCUAGGUGUGAAGACUCCAGAGGAGGGCUGCCUGCUGAACACUGCCCAUGUUACUGGCCCUGAGGCCCGCUGUGCUGCCCUUCGGGAGGAAUUCCUGGCCUUCCGCCGCCGCCGAGAUGCUACUAGGGCUCGGCUACCAGCCUAUCGACAGCCAGUCCCUCACCCCGAACAGGCCACUCUGCUGUGAACACCCCUAAUGUGAGGCUGGGAAAAGGCAUAUGGACCUGCAAAGGAGGCCCCCAACCAGACCUAGCUUCAACCUAGGGCACUGCCCCUGCCUGCCCCUUUGGUGCCCAGGUACAGACCCUGAUAGUGGGCUUGGGUCACCUUGGUAUGGAAUGUAUGUGCUGACCCCCUAGGUGAGUCUGGGGAUUGGAACAGGGAUCUUAGGUCUGCCCCUUUCUCUCUCUCUCUCUCUCUGUGUGUGUGUGUGUGAAGUUUUUUACAGGUGAAUAAACAAAGUUUGAAAGAUG